AUGCCAGUAAGUGCUCUUCCGAUCAUUAACAACCAAUUUGACCCAUCUAUUGGUUUUUCUUCAGGUAAAGCUCCAGUGAAGAAGAAGGCCCAACCCGGAAACAGGGCAAAGGCACAGGACCCAGUGAAUGUUCCCUCCAAGAGAAAAGCGGAGAUAGUGGGCCGAGAUAAGCCAUGGGCGAAAAAGUCAGCACAAAACGACCCAAUAACACAGUUAACUAGCCCAAUGAGCCACAACGUUCCCCAAACCCAACAAGGCCAGGACCAUCAACAUGCCUAUUGCUCUCCAUCCCCUUCCCACCAAUAUACCCACGCAGAACCUCCUUCCCCUGCAAUGACAAGCCAACCCACCGUCGUCACCACUGAGCAGGACCAGAUUUCUGCACCCACCGUCGAGAUAGCCAAACACACAAUAGUUAACAUCCCUCAUCCCAAUCCCAGCCGAAAACCAGAUAGCUCCACAUCUAUCAUACCCGACAACCUAGAAACCACUACAAUGGAACCAAAAUCGGGAAAACCGCCGGACCCAAAAUAUGCAUUUCACCUAAAAUCGAAGCUACAAUUCAGUGGGUCUUCAAGCGGGAAACCACCUGACCCAUCCGGGGAUCUGAUGGGGGGCGAAAAGCAAUACAGUAAUGCAAUGCUGGACCACCGUUUAGUGGCGGAAGACGCGCACUGGUCUGACGCAGACGAGGAAACUCUGCCGGACGCCGGCAGGAUGGAUAUGGUUGCUAUAUUUGAACCUAGAACUAGCGGCUCUGAUGCCGAUGCUAUUGUUAAAAAAAUAGGAAUGGCGAAUUCGCACAGGAUUGAAGCUGUUGGAUACUCGGGGGGAAUUUGGUUACUCUGGGUGGACACUGUGUCAGUAGAAAUACUACACAACGACUGGCAAUUUCUCCAUGUUAAAGUGUUGUUUCAAGAUAACUUGUGGUGUCACUUGACCGUAGUGUAUGGCAGUCCUCAACCACUGACCAGACGUACACUAUGGGAGAAUCUUAAUGUGUUUGCAGGUACAAACUCUAUCCCAUGGAUUAUUAUGGGAGAUUUCAAUGCAUACACAUCUGAACAAGACAAAACAGGAGGAAGAAAAUCUUAUGGUUGUCGAAGGUUUAGGGAAUGGAUUGACAGGAAUGCAUUGAAUGAUCCAGGUUUCUCGGGCUCGAGGUUUACAUGGCAAAGAGGACUAGUUCACGAAAGAAUUGAUCGGGUUUUCACGAAUGACAAGUGGGAGGACUUUUUCAUGGACACAUUGGCGAAGCAUCUCCCUAGAACAGCCUCCGAUCACUCUCCAUUGCUGGUGAAAUUCAAAGCUAGAGGUGACAGGUGGCAAGGAAAGAAAUUUUUUAAGUAUUGGUCUGCCUGGGAGGCGCACGAUUUGUGGAAUGACUGGUUGGCUGAACAUUGGGACGAGCUAUCAUGUUUUCCGGUGGCUAUACGAAGCUAA